AUGGCGCCAGCUGGGGAACUCGGUAGGAGGCUCAUCCCUCGCAUCUUGGAUGAGAUGUCCAGAGAUGAACCGGAUCGAGUUAUUUACUCCGUUGCUAAGUCUGCCGACAUUUCUCAGGGAUUCACUGAGGUUACUGCCCGCAAGUUCGCCAAUGCAGUGAAUAAGGCCGCCUGGUGGUUAGAAAGCCUUGUUGGCAAGAGUGAAUCGUUCCAAACGAUUGGUUAUAUCGGACCGCGUUUCCUUCUGACGAGUGACAACACUCCUCAGGUUAUAUUUUUAUCACCAGGUAACAGCAUUGAAGCUGCUCUAGGUCUUCUUGAGGCGACCAAGUGUAACCUUUGGGUUCAUCCGGUUGAGUACCCUCCGUAUGCUUUGGUCGAGAAGAUUCAGCAGACGCGUAAGUUGCGUAUCAUGGAAAUCCCUACCAUAGCAGAACUCCUCGACGCGGCCAUCUCACCCCAUUAUCCUUAUACCAAGACUUAUGAUGAAGCAAUGGGAGACACAUUCUGUAUUCUCCACACGUCUGGUACAACAGGCUUGCCUAAGCCUAUUUAUUUGAGCAAUGGUUUGCUUGCUACCAUGGACGCUGCUCGAAUUCUGCCGCCAUACGAGGGCGACAACGGUGCUCGUCCUUGGGCGACCUUGUAUGAAAAGGGCGAUAGACUCUACUCCCCUUGUGUACUUCUUCAUGGUCCAGGAAUCUUUAUGAACCUUUUCGCAACGUUCCUUUUUGACACCCAUAGCGUGAUGGGCCCUGUCGGCGUGCACCCCGACAUGAAUCUGCUCGCAUCACUUGCAGACCACGGCAACAUUGAUAUUUGGCAUUUCAUGCCUGUAUACGUGAACGAAUUGGGCCAGCACCCUGAAGUAUUGGAGAAGUUCAGAUCAUCCAAGUUUAUAGGAGCUGGUGGAGGUCCUGUGAGCGCAGAGCUUGCCGCCAAGGUGAAUGAGGUAGUACGUGUUCACAAUCUCUUUGGAACAACCGAAGGCCUCUUCAUGGGUGACAUGCUGGUGGACAAGGAAGACUUCUUAUGGGUUUCCUUUCACCCUCACGCCGGGUUCAAAUACACCGAGAUUGAAAAAGGUCUGUUUGAGCAGCGCGCCGUUAAGAAUGAGCACUGGGCUCUACAUCAAGGAAUCUUUCAUACCUUUCCUGAAGUCGAGGAAUUCAACCUCAAGGAUUUAUUCAUCAAACACCCAACAAAGCCCAACCUCUGGCUCUACAUGGGUAGAAGCAACGAUAUCAUCUGUUUAGAAGACGCCCAGAAGCUGUCUCCCAUCGAGACAGAGAACAUGAUCUGUGCUAAUCCCCAUGUCAAAGGAUGUGUUAUGAUCGGAAACGGGCAGAAGUUUGCUUGUUUGAUGGUAGAGCUGAAAGACGAUACGUCAAGGCACUUGGAGACCAUUGACGGGCUAAGGAAAAGUCUUGGAGAUAUCAUUGAACAAGCAGAUCAGAACCAGCUGCUGAGGGGCUACUUGAGAAGAGAUUACAUUAUCUUUGCAGAUCCUCAGAGACCCCUUCCACGCACCGAGAAGGGAACCAUCUCACGUCGAGCUGCGUUAAAGCUGUAUGAGAAGGAAAUCGAUGAGUUUUACCGUAUAAAAGGGGAAGCAACUGUGGGUGUUGGUCAACGUAUAGCAGAAUAG